UCGAGUCUCCCGCGCGCCCGCCGAGCCCGGCCGCGCUGCCGGCGCUUAACACGCACGCGCGCCCCACGCGGCCCUGGGCCCUCUUGCCCCCGCCUCGCCGGGCCUGGGCGCCUCCAGCGAGCUCCUUCUCCGGUUUAGCCGCGCCGUAACGCGGGACCACAGGUCCCCGCGGGCCGUCGUGAAUUAUUCAUCGGCAGGAAGAUAUUAGAUGUACCCGCUGCCCGCUCCGCGCGAGCCGUCGUGCAAUGCUAUCCGAGCUCCGCGCGCGCCCCGCGCCCCUCCUCCUCCUCGCGUCCGUCCUCUCUGAAACCUUGGCAGCGAAGGGGGAUCACAUUUCCUUUGUCAUCGGGCCAUUUCGCCCUCGCGUUGGUCCCCCCCCUCCGAUCCCGAGCCGCGGGGACGGAGCCUCCACCGGGGCGCGCCGGAAUCAGUGGAACCGGCAAUGGCCCAGCGCGGUGAGCUCGGGAGCCGCGUGGUCAACGCCGCCGGCCCGCUCCCGCGUCAUCUUCUUUCUGAAACGAGUCGCCGAGCAAGACUCGGGUGGCCCCGGCAGCGCUGCUGCGCCUACCGGGCUUUGCUCGCGCCUUGCGCCCUGGCCUCCUGGGGCUUUGAACAACUCCCCAAUUCGGGUUGCCUGCGUGCACGCGCGCGCGUGCCCCCUCUUUCUCUGCUUUGCCGCCUCUUCCUCCUCCUCCUCUCAGUACGCUGGAUAUUGGGACUGAUCGGAAUUCGGAAUCCUUUUAAUCUCCAAAGGAGCAAACUCACUUC